AAUCAGACAUAUAUCAUCGGCGAAGACCAUAUCCUCCAAGAUUUUGUGAGAGCCCAUUUUAUGCCUGUUUCCUCAUUUCCCGUUGUCUGUCGCAUUAUCCAAUCUACUGCAAUCAGGAAAAUCAGUGGCGAUAUUAUAUAGCCAGCCAGCUUGUCUUUCUCCCGUCUUCACUUCGAAGGGUUCUGUGAGUUUCCCGUUGUGAAUUACUUGUCAUGAAGCAUCGUCGUACAACUGUUGGAUGGGAUUUAUAAUUGUUGGCGACACGCAGUGGUAACGAAGUAGUUUCCGAAUCACCUCUCGACCGACCAUGUUGAAGGACAUUUCAAAGACGAUGAAAUGGAGAUGGAGAGCUGACUGACUGCCAUUCCAAGCCCCGUGUAAUGGUGAUCCGUAGUGUUGCGAUUUGAUCGAUGCAUGAUUUGUUCCUUCUGAAUCCAGCCUGUUCCAGUCGAAGUUUCCGAUCCAGGGUUUGUUUGAUUCUCUCAAGGAUGAUGCGACCUAGUAUUUGGCUUGGGAUGGGCAGGAGCCUAAUUCCGCUCCAGUUCUUGUAUUCACUUAAAUCUCUUCUCUUUGGCAGUUUGAAUAGGCAGCCUUUCUUCUAAUCCUCAGGUACCUUGCUCUCUUUCUGCACCUUCUUCAGCAUUGGCGUCAUCAAGUCCGCUGUUGUCUAUGGGUCCAUUUUCAAUGCCCCUGCUGGGAUUCCGUCUGGUCCUACUGCUUUUCCAGCUUUUAGCAUCUUGAUUGCAUUCAGGACUUCUGAUUUCGUCGGGGGUUCGAUCUUCACUGAUAGUUCUGGUUCCGUUGUUGGUAUUGUUGGGCGCGUUGUGGGUGGCGGUCGAUUUAGAAGUCUUUUGAAGAGUUCAGCCCACUUCUUUGGUGAUUGACUUUCCAUUGUCAUCCUUUACUGGCUUAAUCUGUGUUGAACUUUUGCCCGAUAGGUGCCUAGUUGUUUGGUAGAGUGUGGCGAGGUCUCCUUUGCCUGCAGCUUGUUCUGCUUCACUUACCAUGGCUUCAUAAUACUUUCUUUUGUCUUCCCUGGUACUCUUCUUUACUUUGUUUUUCAACUCCUGGUUUUUUUGUUCAUCGAUGCACUAGACAAUCUCUUGUUUCACCAUCCUUCUCUUUUCUAUCAGUCUCCUUGUGUCCGUAGUGAGUCACUGUUUGUCCUGUCUCUUCUUUCUGCCUAAAACGUCCUUGCGAGUGUGACUCCACACUGCUUUCAUGUUUUUCCAGUGCUAACCAACUCUGGUCUCUUCGUUAGUGUUGAUUUGUAUCUCCACCUUUUUCCUUAAGUUUGCAGUGAAGGUGUCCUUUGUAUCCUGAUUCUUCAGCUUAUGAGUAUUGAACUUAGCUUGUGAUCUAUCUACGACUCCUGUUUGUUUGAAAGUUCUUAAUUUGAUUUGGAGUAUUCUCUGCACGAGAUAGUGGUCUGAGCCAACGUCCACUCCCCCUCUUACUUUUGUGUCCAGUAAGCUGUGUCUCCACUUCUUUGAUCAGCAUUGAGAUGAAGUCGAUUUAUGUUUUGGUUCGCCCAUCUGGUGUUACCCAUGUUGCCUUGUCGACAUCCUUGUGCUUGUAUACGCUGCCACCAUUCACUAAUUCAUUGAAAGUACAUAAGUCAGAUAAGAGUUCUCCGUUUUAAUUAUUUAAGAGCUUCUUUACUCAUAAUGAGUCCUCUUCCUGUGUUGUUUGGUUCCAGUUUUGCUUUCAUGUCUUUCAUCAGGAUUUCAAUGUCACCAACUAGAGUUUUGCUCACUUUGCCUGUAGUUGUCUGUAGAACUCUUCUUUCUUCUUGAGAUCCGCGUUGUUUGCGGGUGCAUGGCAUUGCAUAGCUGUCACUUUCCUUCCUUUUGAGUUGAGUUUGGCGGUCGUUAUCCUGGGCGAAAUCGCCUCCCAUCGUAUCAUGACCUUAGCUGCCGUUGGUGACAUCAUGAUAGACACAGCCUCGUUGUGCUCGUGGCUGUCUUCUAAGAGUGAACGGAAUAGAUUGUCUCUCUCACUGACAAUUUGGUGAGUCCACCCCAUUAUAUUUGCUUUCGCAUAUUCCCAGUACUUGAAUUCAUUUUCAUUUCGUUUUCAGUCUGGGCAGCUUUCCGGUUUCACACAUUGUGCAAACGUUCCAUUUCCCCUAACAGAUUUUUUCUUUCGUCGCAAGGAGACUCAUCGUACUGAAGUUUCUGUAGCAGCCUUGUUUAUAGGAUGAGAUUGCUAGCCUCACGCUUGACAAGGGGAUUAUUACAUUAAAAUAUAGUUUACAGAGGAGCGACGCUUUUAGUUGCUUCCCCUAGAAUCAGGAAAACAAGGAAUAAAGCAAUCAGAACAACACCAGCAAAAGGAAAAAAUGAAAAGUUUUACAACAGGAAGAACAGCCACACCAACAAGAAAAAGUCCGUUGUAGUAGCAGUAGUAUCACUGUCCAAUAAAGUUAUGAAAUAUAAUAUCAAAACCAUAGACUCACUGACUUGGGUCAACCUGGAUAUGUAAAUCCAACAAUAUAUACAAUCAUAGAUAUUAGAUAGUGUUAAACAGUCACACCAGAGAAAUAAGGGUUUUAUGUAAAUAAGCAUACCUAUAGCGUACUAAUCGGAAAGCGCAUCAGGGUCAGGUUUAAAUAUGUCAUACAACUAGUUAGCUACUAACAAAGAGUGAAUCGCUAUAAAUGUAUUGUGACAACCGAUUCCCGAGUACCACAUAUAUAAAUCUGUGAAUAUUUUAUAAGGUGGGCACUACUGGAAAGAACAUGUAAGUAGUAUGUAGUGUGUGGUGUCUUUUGUGAAUAAAGAAGGCACUAUUUCUCAACGGUGAUGGAGAGAAAUGAAAGAUUCUUGUGAAACAAGAGAAAAUCUGAAAGUGUUACAAUGGAUGCACAAUAUGUGGAACAUAUUGAAAUAGAGAUUUUCACGUAAAUUAUAUGCAUUCUUUCAUAUUUAGUGCGUCGGUGGCACAGCGGUUAGGACGUUCACCGACCAUGCACAUGGUCCGGGGUUCGAUCCCCGGCCGACGCACACCUUUACCUCGCUAAGCCAGAAAUAAUCCCGGUAAAGAGGAAGGGUUGGGCAUGGGGCUAGCAACCCCAUCCUGUAAAGACAAACACUGCUGCAGAAUCUACAAGUCUGUAGCUUGAAGUCAUAUGUUCCACUUGGAACGUGAAGGAAAAAAAAUUCUUCCAUAUCUGUUCAUGAAUUCACCAGCACACAGUUCCACCAUAGAAAGCCGUCGUGUUUCACCUUCACAUAACUAUCCUACACAGGUGUAGCUUCUUGUGAAGUCUAUAAGACCUUAGACCUAAAGUUCGAGCUUGUUGGAAGAAGAAUAAACCUAACAGGAUUAAAUGAGCUCAUCAUUAUUAUUUCGUGGUGUCAACCAGAACAAUACUAAAAUACUAGAUGCAGAAUCGUUUCAAGCACACUUUUCUUCGGUUGAUAAAAAGUAAUUGAUAGAAAUUAUAAGUAACGCAGGUCUAGGAUGGCGUUGCUGUUAAAUUGUUAAGAGUUGAACCCAUGCAUCGCGAUAGGUCAUCUAACACUAUGUCCACAUAGCACGCCUGACUGAUUGAAUUCAGUCCGCACUAACACCAAGAAUUAGACAGAUGAUAUUAGUUACUGUCUGUUAUCCAAUGGAAGUAUAUGGCAUUCAUUCAUCAACAGCAUUAAGGUCAGUUUAUUUUUUUUCAUUUUUGAUUACAGCUUGAUUCCACACCGUAUUUUUGGUAUAAGUAUGAAAUUUUCAGCAUGGAUAUCGGUAGCCCAAAUUUUGCAGGCCGAUAUCAGGUGUGCAUCGGCAGGGGAUCGAACCCCCUAACCAUGUAUAUGAUUGGCAAGAGUCCUAAUCGUUGUUUCACAGACACACACACUUUGCUUAGACCAAGGCAAUAAUAUCAGAUGCACUUCUGAUCUGAAGGAAUUCUUCUAAUAAACCAGCAGCAACAACCGUUUACGCGCAACGUAUGCAUUGGUGGAAAUUGAUGGCGAUGAAAAAUUGAUGCAACUACACCAAACCAGGCCGUCGAAUGGAAUUCAAAAGAAAAAAGUGAGGAGUUGUGUUUCUGACGCUGAUAUGGAGAUCAAGUGAAAAUGAAAUGAUAAAAGCUUGCGUGCAGCCGUGGGGACAGCUAAAUAUUAUGCUGGGAAAAUCGCAUGGAAGGUGUUAUCACACCUGCAUUCCAAAUCCCUAUCAUUUGUCCUCAGAGAAGUGAACACUAAUCACAGGAGGAAAAAGCAAAUCCACACUUGUAUUCCGUGUUGUUGACAGCUGUGUCGGGUCACCCUUGUUACCUGGUGUUACCGGCGUGAGCUUAAUGCGUUUAGGAUUCUGCCAUAUUAGCCCCUCUUUCCAUUUGCUCCAAUCAAUGUUGUGGCUUUUAUCUCCCAUGCAUGUGCAGCUGUGGUGAGAGCAGGCUGCUAGCCAAUUGGUAGACAUUAAUCCACGUCAAUGUCUAGGUCACUAAUAUUGGCCGUGAGAAAAUAUGAACAAAGCUGAUUCAACAACCAAUCACAGCAGACUUAACGUGGGGAAAUAUAAUUCGCAGAUAGAUGGCUCCACUUUCCGAGGUUACCCGAAACAACCAAUCAGAAGGCUGCGUUUGUCUACUUGAAUAAGCUGUAAUAAUGUACAGGAAAUAUAUGUAAAUAUGUGUUGAUUUCCGUAAUAAAACAAUCUGUUACCUGGCCCUUGUCUUCUGUUGUUACACAGUUACAGACGAAAUUUCUUCUAAUUUAUUAUAAGCUUUUGUUCCUGUUGGAAGAAGACCUUUAGUUAAGUGUUUAUGUUCAUUCACUCUUAUUUUAAGUGAUCUGGACAUUUGACUCACAUAUUUAGUGGGAUAUUUGGUACAAGAUAUUCUGUAAUUUACAUUAUUUUUAUCCAUCAUCUUUAUUGUAUUCUUUUUAGUUAAUUCAUUUUAUUUCUCAAUUGAUUCGUUGGUUUGAACGUGGUACGAAUCCCAGUAUUUUGAGGUUUCUUCUAAUUGCCUCUGAUGUACUUUUCUUUUAUGAUAUAUUGUGACCGUCUUUUUGCCAUUAUCUUUUUUGUCAUUCCUUGUUUUUACCCACUUUACUCUUCUUCAUAUAAUCUCUGAUAUAUCUUUUUGGGUAAUUGUUAUCGAGUAACAUUUUGAAUGAGACAAUUAUUUCUUUUCUUCAAUCAUCUAGUGUUAUUGCAAGUCUGCGUAUUCUAUCUGCAAGACUUUGUAAUAAUCCUCGUUUAACCGUGAGUGGAUGAGCUGAGUGAUAAUCAAGGAAUGUCCCAGAAUGUAUAGUUUUUCUAUAUGGCGUCAUUUUUAUGCUACCAUCUGUUACUCUCAUUACUUUGCAGUCUAACAUAGGCAGUUCUUCAUUUUCACUGUCCAUUUCCAUAGUGAGUUUUAUUCAGUCUGGAUGACUGUGUUUAUGUGUGAGAUAUAUUUCUAAAUAUGAUUAUUUUUCAUUAUUACUUAAGUGUCAUCUACAUAUUUCCAACAACAUUUUAUUGAUGACAUGAAUGGUUUGAGUGCCUUCUCUUCCCGAAAUUCCAUGAGUAUGCCAGCUAAUAUCAGUGAGAUGGGAGACCCCAUGUCUACCCCUUCGUUUUAUUCGUAUAUUUUUCCUUCAAAUGUAAAAUAUGUUGCUGUUAUACAGAAUUCAGCACCUUUAUCAUCUCUUCUAUCGAUAAUUGUGUCCUGUCUUCUAGGUCAUCAUCUUCGUUUAGUCUCGUUUUCAGUGUAGUCAUGGCUAUUUUGAGCAUAGAGACUGUGUUAAUUCCUUUUAAUUUAGCUGUUCUUAAUUAAUCUUUCUUUUUUGUUUAACUUCAUGCUACUUAUCGUUGGUAAGUAGGAUGGAUGCGUUUUACACCUUGAAACUGACAUUCUUCUCUAAUGAGAAUUAACUCACUUAAUGUGUUUACACUCUGUUUGAUGUAUUGUGAUUAUUUUCUUAUGGUGGAACAUUAUUUGCUUUAUAUGCUUCAUUCGUGUACCCUUUAAUUUUGAACAUUGUUCAUCUGUAUCCCUUUAUUCUGUGUCUGGCAUUCGCAAGCUAUUUGAACGAAACGUCGUGAAUCACCCUUCACACAAUUUUUCUGUCUUUACGUAUUGAUGCAUACAGACUGUGCUUUUUAACGGCAUUCAGAACGGACACCUCACAAUUGAAGCUUGUUAGUAUUAUAUUUCGUAUUUCAUGUUAAAUAUAUAGUACCGUAUUUUAGAC